AUGAGCCACGGACUCGAUAACCUCACCGGCCCCGCCACCGAGGGUAUCGGUCUGCGAUUUCUAAAUGAAGAAUGGAACGAUAGCAUCUCAAACGACCAUCCAUUCGCCAUUCAAUGGAACGAAUCACUGGAUGGGACUCAGGCACCGGAGCUUGGGUUGUUCAAGAUCACAUAUCCCAGAGAUGGUAUUGUCGUAUACGAGUUGGUGUCAAAUCUAACAGAUGGCAUGAACAAUGAAAAUGCAACAUGUUUGUGGACACCAAGACACUUGGAUGAUGAACUAUAUACUCUGUGGCUCUCAUCCUCCCGAGAUGCUCACUCAAAUUGGACGACAUCUCCGCCUUGGAGACUAAAGGAAGCUCCCCGGCACUCUCUUCACUGGGCGGCACCUAUUGUUAUUCCGAUUCUUGUCCUGCUUGCGGUGUACACACUGGGGCUCACCACCUGCAUCGUAUAUCGACGCCGCAGAAAGGCGAGACGAGAAAGAGAAAAAAGUAAGGGAAAAGAUCUGGAUAAAGAAAAAGCAAGCGAGACGCCGCGCUUCCUGAGCGACGCGGACAGACAUCCUUCGGUUAAUACCGUGCUCACAAUACAAAGUCUCGAUGACUCAGACAAACCCAAAAAACCAAACAUCUGGGUCUUGACACAAUCCGAGUCAGGGUCCCUUCUCUUGUCUUCUCCAAGUAGGAAGAAUUCCGAUGCGACACUGUUCUCAGCUACAACUCAAUCAUCCGAGCAAGUCAGCUUCUUAGAGCAAAGUCUGCAAAGCCCCACAACUAUCGGUUCCGAGAGGACGUUGGUGAUGCUUCCAAAUCCUAGAGAUCAAAAGGUCAUCGUUGCUGAAAGGCAAGGGCGAUCGUUGGUACCCCGCGGGACUUAUAACUGGGAUUACAUCGAUAUCAAAAAGGCGCGAAUAUGA